AUGACAAUAUUGAACACUGUCAGCGAUACCUUCUCAACACUGAUUUGGCACCACUCGUUACACAAAGAGAUUAAAGAAUUGGACGCGCGGACCGACGUCCAGGACAAUAUUUACAACAACUUCAUGGGCAUGCUGAAGGCAAGCGGCCCUGAUCCUGAUGACCGCGCCGGGAUCGUGCUCGCACGUAGCACGGCAACGAGCAAAUACACCAACGGCAUGAUAGAGCAGCCUUUUAGCCUAAAGGAGUCGAGGGAGGUGAGGGCAGAGUACUUGAGGGAGCUGAUGGAGAUCAAUAAUGAUUUGCGGCGGCGGGUCGAGAAGCGGGGCUUAUCGGUCAAGGCUGAGGAGGGCAUUCCAAAGGUGUGA